UGCCACGGACAACCACGGCUCAUAUUGUCAACGAACGCACGAUAUUAUCAAGUUUCCCGUGAAGGAGUUACUUGUGAUGGAAAUCUUGAGUACAAGAAAGAUCCAGCACCUGAUGGGCACAGAUGUGGUAUUUGCCCUACGUACUUCCAAAAAAUAUGUGCAUUUGACGCAAGCACCAAUAAUACAUUUAUAUUCGACAAUCACUGCGUUAUGGAUUUGUACAAUUGUUUACAAGGAACAGAAUUUGUUACUUUACAUUAUGAUAAAUGUCUUUAUUUCGGCAACUUUGCGUACGUUCACGGCUACAAAUAUGAAGAUUUAGACUACGGCGAAGACCAUAUCAUUGUGAAAGACACGGUCAAGAAUCCCGAUUUCGUUUAAUAAUUAAACAAGAAUUAUCCUGUUUUGA